GACUCUGAAAGUGAUGUUGAUACAACUGUCAUACAGGAUUCAGAAAAGCUUAGAAUUUCAAAAUUGUUGGGUGACUCCUUUACUGGAAAGAUGGCAUCCAUCCAAGGAUUAAGUCCCAGUAAAAGUACUCACAACUCCCGCCGUUCAAAAGGUAUAGCCAAUAAUAUCAAGCUUGGGGCCCGAAAGAAGACUGUCCGUGACCUGAAACUCCCAGACCCAGGAGAGCUCGGCAUUGAAAAUGUAGAAGCAGAUGCUGUAGGCAAAAGUAACCAUUCUGAUGAAGACAAUGAGGAUCCGUUAGUAAAUAAGGAAGUUAAGGCCUACAGUGUCAGAAUGAGUCAAGCUCUUCAGUAUCCUAUAAAUGUUGCUAGCUUUUUGGUUACUGCUAAUGUAGGAAUUUCUUCAAAGGUCAAGGAAAAUUUGGAAGAUGAAAAUGACAGUAGAGUCUCAGAGGGAAACAAAGCAGAAGGUCACAAAGAGAAUCAGAGAGAGAGUGAAAAUCCCACUUCGCAAACUUCAUGUGAUGAGACCUCUUUUAGAGAUAGUGGUGGGAUAGUUGCACAUACAUCUCAAGCUGCCAUAAACCCUGAGAGAUUUAAUGCUGAUAAUGAAAGUAAAACUUCAGAAAGUUGGAACUCUAGUCAUGAAAAAAGUACAUUAAGAUUGCUCACGUUUAAGGGGCAAGAGAAACAUUUAGAUAAGGAGGAAAGAAGAAAACUUCUGGAAGAAAGGACUGCCAAAGCUUUGGAGGUUGCACAUAAAGAAGCCAGUACUUCCAGAAACACUGUCAGGCCACAAGUUUUGAGCCCAAGUGCCAGAAAGCAGGCUGAAGAAAAAUGGAAUAAUAAGUUAGCGUCUUUAACAUUGCAAGUUCAUCGACAAAGUAGUGCAAUAUCUGCAACGUCUUUCUCUUACAAUUUAGCUCCUCCUACUGGUCCAGCCCAGCCACCGGGAAAAAACCUGCAUAAAGUAUAAUAUUUCCAGAUAAGUGGCUGUUGUGAUAGAAUAAAUCCAUGUGCCUUAUUCCGGUGUACAAAGAAUUUGAAGUGCCUAUGCUUGAUAUGUAAUAAAGCUUUAGUCCUUUGGAAUUAUAUCUGUAAUAAUAUUGUUUAUAAGAGAAUAUCUUAUUUUGUGAAUUAAAUUUAUUCUUUAAA